AUGUAUGACAACGCAAAACUUAUUGCAGGUGCCUCAGGCGAAGUAGGUGCACAAAGCUCAGGAUGUAUGGGAGCCUCCGCAGGUGCUCAUGUCGCUAGAGAAUAUGUGGAUCACGAAGACCACAUAUGUGAUCAUGAAGGCCAUGUGGGUAAUGAAGAUUAUAUACUUCAAGUUGCACAAGGCCAAGCAGAUAUACAAGAUUACCGAACUAAUAAGACCUACGAUGUUGCAAAACUUAAUGCACGUGCCUCAGCCGCUGCAGCAGCACAACGCCAAUCCGAUUUACAUGGUUACCGAACUAAUAAGAAUAAUGAAGUCACCAAACUUAAUUCAGGUGCCUCAGCAGUUGCAGCUGCAAAAAGCCAAGUAGAUCUGCAUGGUUACCGAACUGGCAGAAAUUAUGCAGUUCCAUAUCCUAAUGCAGGUGCUUUAGCCGCUGCAGCUGCACAAAGCCAAGGAGGUCUACAUGGUUACAGAACCAAUAGAAACUACGAAGUUCCAUAUCCUAACGCACGUGCUUUAGCCGCUGCAGCUGCACAAAACCAAGCAGAUCUACGUGGAUACCGAACUAGCAGGAAUUACAAAGUUGCAAAUCUUCGUGCAGGUGCCGCAGCAGCUGCAGGCAGUGGAGGAUCAUUUGGUUAUGCAGGACACCAUGCGAAUGAAUUAAUACAUCAUGCAAAUCUUCCUGUUUCGCCGGUUCAUGGACUUUCUCAUUAUCAUGUAUAUGCAGGUUAUUAUAAAUUAUUUGUUGAUCCAUAUUUUGGUGGAAGCUUGCACUCUCAUCAGCUACCUUUGGGACAAUUUAUUUUACCAUUAUAG